AUGCUAGAAGUUGAUUGCCCAUGUGUCACUCCAGAGGUUGUGCUCAAGGCAUCAGGCCACGUGGACAAGUUCACCGACCUUAUGGUCAAAGACGAAAAGACUGGAACAUGUUACCGGGCAGAUCAUCUGCUCAAGGAUCAUUGCAAAGAGAAGCUCGAGAAGGACCCUAAUCUCAGUGCUGAUAAGGCAGCUGAGCUUAGGCAUGUGCUUGCUGUGCUGGAUGAUCUUUCUGCAGAGGAACUUGGUGCUAAAAUAAAAGGUUAUGGAAUUACUGCUCCAGACACAAAGAACAGUCUGUCAAACCCUUACCCUUUUAACCUAAUGUUUCAAACAUCAAUUGGGCCAUCUGGCUUGAACCCUGGUUAUAUGCGUCCUGAGACGGCUCAAGGUAUAUUUGUAAAUUUCAAGGACUUGUACUACUACAAUGGCAACAAGCUUCCUUUUGCAGCUGCACAGAUUGGUCAAGCUUUCCGAAAUGAGAUCUCUCCGAGGCAAGGUCUACUAAGGGUCCGUGAAUUCACACUGGCAGAGAUUGAGCACUUUGUGGAUCCUGAGGAUAAGUCUCACCCUAAAUUCGCUGAGGUUGCAAAAUUGGAAUUCUUAAUGUUCCCAAGAGAAGAUCAGGUGUCUGGACGAGCCGCUAGGAGAAUGGCUAUUGGGGAAGCAGUUGAACAGGGGAUUGUCAACAAUGAGACACUUGGUUAUUUCAUUGGGCGAGUGUAUUUAUUCUUGACCCAACUUGGGAUUGACAAAGACCGCCUAAGGUUCCGCCAGCAUCUGGCAAAUGAGAUGGCACACUAUGCUGCCGAUUGUUGGGAUGCUGAAAUUGAAUGCUCUUAUGGUUGGAUCGAGUGUGUUGGUAUUGCUGAUAGAUCAGCAUAUGAUCUGCGUGCCCACACUGAUAAAAGUGGAGUUCCCCUAGUGGCACAUGAGAAAUUCACAGAACCUAGAGAAGUCGAGGUUAUUCCAUCGUCCUCUGUAAAGAGCUGGGCCUUUAAGGGUAGCCAAACGAUGGUGGUUGAAGCUUUGGAGGCCAUGGAUGAAAAGGAAGCCAUGGAGUUGAAAGCAACUCUAGAAGCCAAAGGAGAGGCCGAGUUCCGUGUUUGCACCCUUGAAAAGACCGUGAACAUAAAGAGCAAUAUGGUCUCCGUCUCCAAGGAGAAGAAAAAGGAGCACCAGAGGGUUUUCACUCCAUCGGUUAUCGAGCCAUCGUUCGGUAUUGGGAGGAUCAUAUAUUGCCUCUACGAGCACUCAUUUUACACGAGGCCUAGCCGAGAUGGGGAUGAACAGCUCAAUGUCUUUGGCUUCCCGCCUCUUGUAGCCCCCAUCAAAUGCACUGUGUUUCCUCUGGUUCAGAAUGAGCAAUUCGAGGAAGUUGCUAGAAGGAUUGCCAGGUCACUGACUGCCGUUGGGAUCACGUACAAAAUCGACAUUACUGGAACCUCGAUUGGAAAGAGGUAUGCAAGAACGGAUGAACUGGGAGUCCCGUUAGCAAUCACUGUGGACUCAGAAAACUCGGUGACUGUGAGAGAGAGGGACAGCAAGCAACAGAUUCGUGUUAGUGUCGAUGAGGUGGCAUCUGUGGUCAAGGAGUUUACAGAUGGGUUCAUCCCGGACAUCAAAUCACCGGCCAGACAUCUGCCGCCGGCACUCCGGCCGCCAACGGUUCUGAAAAGCAUGGUAGCUUUGAAAAGAAAACUAUUUUAUCUGAGGUCAUCAUUUCGCCGGAGCCAAACUGCAGUUUUCUGCACAAAACCUGAGCUCACAUCGCAAGCUCUUUCUGUAACAGAUGAUCAAACACUUGUCAGGAUUCUUGAAUCUUGCAAGCUGUCCCAUAAUUUCAGAACUGCAAAUACCGUGCACGGUAAAAUCAUUAAACAUGGGUAUGGAAUGUACCCAUUGCUAUUAUCCACAUUGCUGAAGGUGUACAUGGCUUGCCAAAAACCCAUUCUUGCUCAACAACUACUUUCCGAGGUAUGUUGUACAAAUUUUGGCAUCUCUGCAAAUUUGCUGAUUGAUAGUUUCUUGAAGGCUGGCGAAAUAGAUAUGGCUGAGAAAGUAUUUUCUGCUCUACCUAUCCGAGAUGUUGUCACAUGGAACUUGAUCAUUGGGGGUAAUGUUAAAAGUGGAUUCUUUGUGGAAGCAAUUGAGUUGUUUAAACAAAUGUUAGAAACAAAUAUUGAGCCUGAUGGGUUUACCUUUGCUUCAGUCAUAAACGCGUGCUCGAGGCUUGGAGCUCUUAGCCAUGGAAAGUGGGUGCAUAAUUUGAUGAUUGAGAAAAAAAUCGAGUUAAAUUAUAUACUUUCUUCUGCACUUGUAGACAUGUACUCUAGAUGUGGUAGAAUUGAAACAGCAAAAUCCAUCUUUAGUAAUGCUCAGAAAACAGAUGUAUCCAUAUGGAAUGCAAUUAUAAAUGGACUAGCAAUUCAUGGUCUUGCUGUGGAUGCAAUUUCUAUUUUCUCAGCCAUGGAAAGGGAAAAAGGUAUUUCACCUGAUUCUGUGACCUUUAUUGGAAUCAUAACGGCUUGUAGCCACUGCGGUUUACUAGAACAGGGUCAAUGGUAUUUUAAUCUAAUGCAAAAAAGUUACUUGAUUCGGCCGGAAAUCGAGCACUAUGGGGCAAUGGUCGACCUUUUCGCACGAGCCGGACUUCUGGAACAAGCUUAUGCAAUGAUUAAUGAGAUGCCAAUGGAGCCUGAUGUUGUUGUGUGGAGGACACUACUUAGUGCAUGUAGAACUCACAAAAAAUCCAAGUUGGGUGAAGUUGUUGUUGGGAAUAUAAAGCAUUUAGAAAGUGGGGAUUAUGUUUUGAUGUCAAAUAUGUACUGCUCAACAAAGAAAUGGGAUUGUGCAGAAAAUAUGAGGCAAACUAUGAAUAAGAAGGGAAUUCAUAAGGCUAAGGGAAAGAGUUGGGUUGAACUGCAUGGUAUGAUUCACCAUUUUAUGGCAGGUGAUAGGUCCCACCCAGAAACCGAAGCAAUUUAUACACUAUUAGAAGCUUUGACUCGUCGGUCUAGAAUGGAAGGUUAUGUUUCUGUACAGGAUCUGGUUUUGAUGGAUAUCUCAGAAGAAGAAAAGGAGGAGAACUUGAAUUAUCACAGUGAAAAAUUGGCUGUGGCUUGCGGGAUCCUGAAAUCUAGUCCUGGAACUGAAAUAUUGAUUUCCAAAAACUUGCGUACUUGUCUUGAUUGUCACAGUUGGAUCAAGAUUGUGUCAAAAGUUCUGCAUAGGGUGAUAAACAUGAGGGACAGGAUUCGUUUUCAUAGGUUUGAAAAGGGCUCUUGUUCUUGUGGUGAUUAUUGGUGA